AUGAGUACCCUUAAAUUAGCAUCACCUGCUUCGACACGAAUUGGUUUUAUUGGUAUAGGUGUUAUGGGCGCUUCAAUGGCUGGACAUUUAAUAAAAGCAGGUUAUAAAUUAAAUAUAUUUACACGUACUGCAUCUAAAGCUGAUCCACUUAUUUCACUUGGCGCUUCAUUAUUAAAUACACCACGUGAAGUUGCACAACAAUCGGAUGUUGUUAUUUCUAUUGUUGGUUAUCCAAAAGAUGUUGAAGAAGUUUUACUUGAUGAUAAGAAUGGUGUAUUAACUGGUUUUGAAUCUGGUAAAAUAUCAAUUGAUAUGACAACAUCAAAACCAUCAUUAGCUGUACGAGUUUAUGAAGAAUUUAAAAAACGUGGUGCACAUACACUUGAUGCACCAGUUUCAGGUGGAGAUAUUGGUGCUAAAAAUGCAACACUUUCUAUAAUGGUUGGUGGUGAUCAAAAUGUUUUUGAUGCUUGCUUACCUAUAUUUAAUGUUAUGGGAAAAAAUGUUCGAUUAAUGGGUAAAGCAGGGUUUGGUCAACAUACUAAAAUGGCUAAUCAAAUAGCUAUUUCAUCUGGUAUGAUUGCUAUGUGUGAAUCACUUCUUUAUGCUCAACGAGUUGGUCUUGAUUGUGAAAGUGUUAUUCAAGUCUUAAGUUCUGGUGCUGCACAAACAUUUUCAAUGUCAAAUUAUGGUCCACGUAUACUUAAACGUACAUUUGAUCCAGGAUUUUAUGUUGAACAUUUUAUUAAAGAUUUAGGUAUUGCAUUAGAAGAAGCAAAUCGAAUGGGUCUUAUUUUACCUGGUUUAAUACAAACAAAAAUGCUUUAUGAUAUAUUAGCUGCUGAUGGUAAACAAAAAUUAGGUACACAUGCUUUAAUGUUAGCCUUGGAAAAAUUAAAUGGUCUUAAUAAAACAAAUGAUGAAGAAAAGAAAUCAUGA